AUGUCAGAGGUGUUAUCCACGGAGGUGGCCAGCGAAACCUCACUCGCCGAGAUACCCACCCAACAACUCGUCCUCAAGCUCCUCCAAGAGCUAGCCGCACGCGUUGGGAAACUCGAGAAUGCUGACAAGGCUAUAGAAAAGUGCAUUGUCUCGGUGCCUAGCUCAGAGAAAGACCACCAAACCGAAGAUUCUGAAUUCGAAUCAACAGAAGCCACUCUUUCAAAACCAGAGACGUUUUUAGAAGAUCCGACUGCAGAAGAAGAAAGUCAGCCAAAUUGUUGCAAGGGCGUUUGUCAAAUUGGAGGACAAGACAGAGCGAUUUGUGUUCUUGUUCCUUAUGGAUCUUUCUAUAAUGGGGAAUUCGGCGAACAGAUGAUCACGAAGAUAAGCGAUGCUUUUGAGCCGCUGAAAGGAACGAACUGGGAGAUCUACGAGAGCCUGCAAGCUAGCGGCAUUGCCGACAUCCCGGAUGAUGGGAGGAUUCAGCUCGUCAAUUUUCAAAACUCGCCGGUCAUCACACAUAAACGGAUUCAGAAAUAUGGAUCGGAAUUUCAAUCUAAAGGCGGGAUUUUUGUGGUCGUUGAUUUUGAUGCUUAUCGGAAUUCAGUGAUGUAAGUAGGAUUUCUGACAUGGAUUUUGAACCCUAAUAUUCUAUCGGUUCCCGAGUAUUUCUGGAAAAUCACAAAUUCUUCCCCGUGGAUGUUCCGAACCUUCGAAUCAGGGGUUCAAUGCUCUCGGCUAACAUUUUUCCAGGUACGAGUACAAUGCUGGCGUAAAGGUUGACGUGGAUUAUGUUGACGAAGUAUCUCAUCCCUUCGGGAAUGAAUUACUUAACAGAAGAACGGCACUUUCGGCUCUGAGAGGAAAUUGGCGAAAGGCAAGUUUUCGUGUUGCAAAAAUACACCAAGACAGAGACCGAAAUGUUAGCCUGGCACCAUGGAGAAGACUGAUGUGAGAUUACUCGUUGAAGUGUAGCUACACCAGACUGCUACUCUGAACCAGCCUUUCAGUUGCUAAGUUCUGGAAACUCUGGUGGCAGUUAACCAGCAUAUAUUUACAGUCUUGCUAAUAUUCAUGUACUCGACAGUAUUAUUGAAGGUCUUAGUGUCAUGAAGAAAGAUGAAUUUCUGUCUUCCGAUGCCUUUUCCCCAUUUUGCUUCCCUCGAGGGCCACAUCCCGUCAUGGACUCCUACAUUAAUGGUCAAUCAUCCUAUUUCAACGAUAAUUCAAAUCGGCGAGGCUUCACGUUCCAUUUUUCUUGGUACAAAGUGGGGGAUUCCGAGGAGCUGAAUCUCAACUUAAUCAAGAAUAGUGUAUGGAAACAUGGAUUUCUUCGAGGCGGUCGUCGUGAGGGGGCUAUUCUACACCAAGAAGCUUUUACCGUAUAUUUCACGAGGCAAAACAUCAAUCUCUCUACUAACAACUAGAAACAGAUCCAUGCAAUAAAAGAUACUGCGCACGAAGUGUGGACAACUCUCCUUCUCGUUCCACCUAGAUCAAUCGUCCACUCAACAAUUGAAUACCACGCGAGUUACCGAGGCUUCCCUCAUGCAGCACUUCAAACCAACAUCGCGAUGUUCAUCUUAUGGCCAAUGAAAAAUGCCCUUCAAGGUUGGAAAAGUCUCUACGGCUAUAUAAACGCCAUGCUCGGUACGGGCGAAGAUAUCUUCGACCUCGAAACCCACGAUAAACUGAUCUUCGACGAUGACCUCUUUUCUCGCUCUCGGACUUACUUUUGGAUGAUUCAUUGUCUCCAGGAAUCUGAUAAUCUUAUCCAUCUCAAUGUACAGACGUGGAACGGUUAUCGAAACACUGCACUAUUACCAGAACUAAGGAGGAUUGAAGGGUUCGACCAGAAGGAGUCCGUGAAAUAUUUGCAGAUAUUUAUCAAAGAAUGUGAUGAAAUAAUCAAGGAGUUUGAGAGUCUGAGGAAUUUGUUGAAGGAUCAAAUGGAGAAGGCUAUUGCACUACGUGACGGGGUAUGUAAACUUUCGAUGUCCUAUCUGUUCACAAAAAGCUUCAACACGAGAACACAAUUAUAGCGAACCCAAGUUUGACUUUCUGCAGCUAUUCUCCGCUAGCGCGGUUAUGGAAUCCCGAGCCUCAACACGACUAGGAGAGAAUGUUAAACUCCUAACAUACGUCAGCAUUUUCUACCUGCCCCUCUCCUUCUGUACCGUAAGAUCCUCCCUUCAUCCCCAGAAAAGCCAAAUACUGACUAGCUCAAUUCUGCCAGUCCGUCUGGAGCACAACGGAUACCUUCAAUUACAACAACCUCGCCAUCACCAUGAUUCUAGUUGGCGUCGGCACAUACAUGGCCGUGUUCAAUCUCAACAACAUUGUCAAAACCGUCAGCAAACAAUACAAGAAAAUCCGGAGUUUGGUCCUGGAAAGUAUGCGUAAAGACGAAAGUCCAGUUUGGAAAAGUACUGGUGGUGUCUUUUAUCGCUAUGAGUUGAAGGCAAGUCAUGAGAAUACAAAGCCUUCUGAGUGGUGGAUAUUGAUAUAUCAAAUGAGGUCUUUUCGGAAGUUAUUGGUUCAGUAUAUGCGAUCAAGCUGGAAGGUGUCGGUUCAACAAGUGCGAGCUUCAUGGGAGUCUUUGAAACCAAAGAGACGCGAGGAAGUGAAGGAUCCACUCGUGACCGAGUUGGAAACAGUAGUUGUGGAGUGA